AAUAUAUUCACGACGUACUCUCUCUCUCACUCUCGCUCUGCAAUGGAACCCCAGAGGAACACCCCCACACUGAAAGUGCUCGAGACCUGCCGAGUCGCUCCCCCGCCUGACUCAGUCCCACGAACUGCUCUCCCACUCACCUUCUUCGAUGCCCAAUGGCUGGAUAUCCCACCAGUCCAACGGCUCUACUUCUACCAUUUCUCCGACCCCAGCACCACCACUCUCCUCUCCAACCUCAAGACCUCUCUCUCCCUCGCCCUCCAGAUUUUCUACCCCCUAGCAGGAAAUCUGACCCUUUCUCCCGAAACCGGCAAGCACGAGAUCGUCUACGCUAACGGUGACUCGAUCCUGCUCACCAUCGCCGAAUCCGACUAUGAUUUCCACCAUCUAGUCGGAUCCCACCCCCGAGAAGUAUCCGAUUUCCAUCAUCUCGCGCCUGACCUGCAAACUGAUACCGAUAAGCUCCCCGUGCCACUCCUGACCUUGCAGGUAACUCUCUUCCCCGAUUCGGGUUUCUGCAUCGGCAUCUCUGUGAACCACGUGGCAGCCGAUGGGUGGACCUCGACACAAUUCAUGAAAUCCUGGGCGUCGAUUUGUAAAUCUGGAGACGCUGCGUCGAUCAAGCCGCUCCCGAUCUACGAUAGGACCCAGACCAGCGCCCUGGAUUGGAUCACCAAAGCCCACUUCAUCGAGAUGGGGAAAAUCAAACCCAAGGAAAAACUCGAGGAGAAUAGCGUUACGAGCAAGCCCCGCGCGGUCCGAGCAACCUUCGUACUGAGUCGCGCCCGCAUGGAGCGGCUCAGGGACUGGAUCGCGUCCCGACGACUUGAGGGGAGCGAGAAAGAUUCCCACAUCUCGUCGUUCGUGCUAACAUGCGCAUACGUGUGGGUCUGUCUUCUCAGGGCGCGUGGGCCCGCGGAUGGUGAGAAGACGGCCCAUUUCGUCUUCGCUGUGGAUUGUCGGGCUCGGAUGGACCCGCCGCUGCCUGUCGAGUAUUUCGGGAACUGCAUCGGCGCGUGCUUCGUGCAGGCGAAGCUGAGCGAGUUGACUCAGGAAGGUGGAGUGGUCGUCGCGACCGAGUCGAUUGGGAGAGGAAUUCGCGGGUUGGCAGGAGAUGGGUUUUUGAAAGGCGCGGAGGGGUGGUUCCGGAGGUACUUGGAGUUAGCGAGCGAGCGGAUCUUCUCGGUGGCCGGGUCUCCUCGGUUCCGGGUCUACGAUACCGAUUUCGGAUGGGGGAAGCCUAAAAAGGUGGAGAUUCUUUCCAUCGAAGGGUCUGGGGCCAUGUCUCUUGCCGAGAACACAGAUGAAGAAGGUGGGGUUGAGAUUGGUAUGGCACUCCCCGAUUUCGAAAUGAAAGGUUUUGAUUAUGUGUUCAAUGAGGGUCUGGAAAGUCUUGCUUGAGUUUUAACCGUCCAUGACCUCGUUUAGGGAUGAAUGGGCUUUCUGGAUAUUUUCUUUUAAUAAAUUGUGUGAUUCUGCUCUUAGCACUGUAUUGUUUCCUAGUUGUUGAAUGAUCAGUUGAACUUUUGAUUGCUAUUUCUACCUUUUGGGCAUCAACUGUUUCCUGUUGAUUCA